AAAACAAGGUCACAGAGACAGCUAGUCACAGAAAUGAUCAGUUGAAAUAGAACGUUGUAUUUCUUAGUUAAUCACUGAUAAAAGAAUGUCCAGUGAUGUUCAGGAAACAGAUACAGAACCUCUUCUUCCGCAUCAUGAGCUCACAAUUGGUGCUUCAGAAAUAUCAAUUAAUGAUCCAGACUCCAAGAAGCAAAAUCUGUGUUCACAAGUUUAUACUUUUGUCUACAUAAAGAUAAAAAGUAUUCUAUUAACAAAAUAUUUUUGGAAAUGUGUAUUACUUGGACAAUUUAUUUCCUUGUUAUUAUGUGGAACAGCUGUGACAAGUGGACUGUUGUCUCGUAAAGGUGUUCAUACACCCACAGCCCAGUCUUUUCUGAAUUAUGUAUUAUUAUGUCUGAUAUUUACUGUAAGCCUUGCUUGUCGCCGUGGUGAUAGAUCUUUAGGAUACAUUCUGAAGACCUCAGGAUGGAAGUAUUUCUUCAUUUCAUUGGCUGAUGUUGAGGCUAAUUAUCUAGUCGUUAAAGCGUAUUCCUAUACAACUGUUACCAGUGUUCAGCUGUUGGACUGUUUUAGUAUUGUUACUGUACUGUUGUUGUCGUAUUUUGUGUUGCGUGUGAGAUACCACUUUGUGAAUGGUGUCGGUGUGGUGACAUGUUUCCUAGGACUGAUAGCACUUGUUUUAACAGAUUCAUUAACAGGGAAUAAUAAAGAUACUGAUGGAGCUUCCGACAAGGUUCUUGGUGAUAUUUUUUGUGUGUGUGGUGCUUUUUUAUAUGGAGUGUCAAAUGUGGCAGAAGAAUAUGUUGUGAAAAACUUUGAUAGAACAGAGUUUCUGGCUAUGCUUGGAUUGUUUGGAAGUUUUAUAAAUGGAGUCCAGUUUGCAGUAUUUGAAAGGCAUGAAGUUGAAAGUGUGAAUUUUUAUUCAGCAGAAAUUGUUAUAUGUUUUGUUGGAUUUACUAUAUGUCAGUUUGCCUUGUAUACAUGUAUGACUAUAGUUAUACAACAGACCAGUGCUACAACAGUCAACAUAUCACUCCUAACUGCAGACUUCUAUACAUUGCUCCUUGGACUGUUCCUUUUUAAAUAUCAGUUCCAUGGUUUAUAUUUUGGAUCAUUUGUGGUAGUUUUACUAGGAGUUGCUAUUUAUGCCACAAAGGAACCAGAAAGAAAGAUUGAAGAACCAGAUAAAACAAACAAGGAACCUGUUAUGACAAACAAGGAACCAGUUACACAGUGAUAUUAUUAUUCUUAUAUUAUAGUCAAUUUUGUAUGUUUACUAAUUAACAAAAAAGUCACAAUACUGAGUGCUGUAUAACAGUUUUUGAAAGAUGAUCAAACAUAAUAACUGCCAUUUGGCCCAAAGAGUCAUGAAUGAUUAAAAAUGUUAUACAAAUAGGGUAAAUUGUUUAAACAGUCAUAUUUUAUUUUUUCUGUCUUAUUAAUACAAAGUAUUUUAGUGAUAUAAUGUUGAUGCUUUAACACUUGGUACAGAAUACUUGAAAAAUUAAAAGCAAAUUGUUGUUAUGGAAUACAUGGAAGUGAGAAUAUUUUUAAUAUUAUGAAAUAUUUCAUAAUUUGCAGGCGAUUUUUCUGAAGAAAUUUUAGAUUCUUUAUUAAUCUAUGUUUCAAAAAUUUCUUGUAAUAUUCAUUCAUAAUAUGAGCUGUGUCCGAUAGAAAUCGACCUUAUGCAAAUGAAUAUCAAUACAUCUGUUAAUUAAUUUUGGGUUUAAAAAAUGUUUAUGCAAAGUCUGUAACUGCAUGAAAAUUGAGUUGAUAUAAGAACCUUACCAAACAAACCAAAAUUCAUCUUUUAUUUCGUAUUUGAAUGUUCAAAAAUCAAUCAAAGUCUCAUAUAUGUACAUUUAUAUGUGCACAUGCAAAUGGUCGAUUUCUAUGUGACACAGCUCAUAUUAUGAUAUAAUAUGAUCAAUGACCUGUUGCUGUAUUUAUUAAGCAUACAUAAAGCAGUAUAUCAAUAGAUAAUAAGAAGCAAGAAGUGAUAAGUUAAAUACCGGUAUUUCUGGUAGAAUGCACUUAUGACAGACGGCAUUGUACAAUAAAUUUUCUAGUCCGUCUGUCCAUCCCUGCUUGUUAGCGCUCUCACGGGUACAAUUCUUGCCAGAUUUUUAUAAAACUUAUACUAUAAUUUAAUAUCAGCAAUAUCUCGGACAAGUUCUAUCAUGGUGGCGGAUCGACUUUUUUUUAAAGAGUUAUGCCCCUUAGAAAUAUUAAAUUUAUGGAAAAUGGCCUCGUUAGCACUCUCACGGGUACAAUUCUUGCCAGAUUUUUAUAAAACUUAUACUAUAGGUUAAUAUCAGCAAUAUUUCCGACAAGUUCUAUAAUGGUGGCCGGUCAACUUUUUUAAAAGAGUUAUUUCCCUUGGAAAUAUAAAAUAUGUGCAACGCGGGGGACAUUGGAACUCUGUUCUUUUAUUGUUUUUAUAACUAUGUUAUACAUAAGACUAUAAUGUAUUAUCAUACUUCAUGUCAAAAUGCCAGAUUUUGAUCUGUUAAUACAAGGGAGACAAUUUACUCUAUCCCAUGGCGAAUACUCUAUUCCCCUUCAUGGGGACGUUUUUUUGAGCCUUUUAAUAAAUAAGAAUGAUUGUUAUGUACAAGACUUCAUAGUUUAUAUUACUUUGAAUUUGAAAUUUGAUAGACAGUAAUAACAGAACAGUCAGUUUAAUAAAUUAAAUAACACAUAUCUGAGACGGUGAUAGAGCAGAUUGUUACCCCUCGAAAAGACAUUGUCAACCUUGGCUUUGCCUCAGUUGACACUGUUUUCUCAAGGGUAACAAUCUGCUCUAUCACCCUCUCAGCUAUGUGUUAUUUAUAUAUUGAUGUAUACAUUCCUGUAUAAAAAUAUGUUCUCAAGCUAGCUUGGCAACAUUUGACAACUUUUUUAGCUUAAUAUUGCAAUUAUACUAUUUUUUGCUAUUUUAAGGUAAAUUAUGUUUAUUUUUUAAAUCCAAUAGUUUAUUUCAUUAUACAUUUAUUAUGGACCAGGGGCCAGGUUAAUGUGAAAAGAAAGAUAUCUGAAUUUCUACUAUAUUCUGCUUUUGUGUGCUUCUGCUUUUAUAUAUAUAUUAUAUUAUAAAUAAGACUAAUAAUUGUAAACUAUGUUCAGAAAACUUUGGAUUCAGUUAUGCUGAAAUAAAUCAUAUCUAUCCUAGAAUCUCAAAAGAGUCUUGCAGGAAAUAUCCAAUUCCUUAUGAAAUCUAACUCUGUGAUGACCUAGACUUGGAAGACAUUCUAACUGUAACUGCAAAGAGUAAAAAUCCAACAGUUUUUAUCCUGGAUAUAUUUUUAAUAUGCAUUGGACAGUUUUCUACACAUGCAUUGGACAGUUUCAGUUGCAGAUCCAGAACUUUUUAUAAGGGGGGCCAUCUGACUGCCAAAAGAGGGGGCCCGCUCCAGUCAUGCUCAGCGAUUCCCUAUAUAAUCGACCAAAUUUUUUCCACAAAAGGGGGGACCAGGGCCCCCCUGGAUCCGCCUAUGAGUUUUCUACUUAUGUAUUUUUAAUAUACAUUGGACAGUUUUGUACCCAUGUAUUUUUAAUAUGCAUUUGAUUUUCUACCAACGUAUUUUUGUUCCCCACGUAACGCGUUGCGGGGGACAUGGAACUAAUGUCCGUCUGCUGUCCCGUCUUGUUAGCGCUCUCACUGGUACAAUUCUUGCCCGAUCUUUAUAAAACUUAUACUAUAGGUUAAUAUCACCAAUAUCUCAGACAAGUUCUAUCAUGGUGGCUGAUGGACUUUUUUUCAAAAGAGUUAUGCUCCUUGGAAAUAUUAAAUUUAUGGAAAAUGGCCUCGUUAGCGCUCUCACGGGUACAAUUCUUGCCAGAUUUUUAUAAAACUUAUACUAUAGGUCAAUAUCAGCAAUAUCUCGGACAAGUUUUAUCAUGGUGGCUGAUCGACUUUUUUUAAAGAGUUAUGCCCCUUGGAAAUAUUAAAUUUAUGGAAAAUGGCCUCGUUAGCGCUCUCACUGGUACAAUUCUUGCCAGAUUUUUAUAAAACUUAUACUGUAGGUUAAUAUCAGCAAUAUCUCGGACAAGUUCUAUAAUGGUGGAAGAUCGACUUUUUUUAAAGAGUUAUGCCCUUGGAAAUAUAAAAUAUGUGCAACACGGGGGACAUUGGAACUCUGUUCUUUCAUUAAUAUGCAUUGGAGUUUUCUACUGAUGUAUUUUUAGUAUGCAUUGGACAGUUUUUUAUCAAUGUAUUUUUUAAUAUGCAUUGGACAGUUUUCUACAGAUGUAUUUUUAAUAUGCAUUGGACAGUUUUCUACAGAUGUAUUUUUAACAUGCAAAAUGAAAGUUAACUGUCAAAUUUUUUCUAACCAAAUUUCUAAUCUAAGUGUGAAAAACUAGCAUGUAUAUUGUAUACACAAUGUUCAGUCUUUACCACAUUUGAAUAAGGAAGAUGAAUAUAAAACCAAUAAAACUGUUCUGUGAGAGGAGUUCAAUCUCUUUAAAUCAUAUCUGGUGUAUACUGUUAAUUCAGAAUUUUACAAAGUUGUCAUUAUUGCUAAAAAACUGAAAUUAAAAUUUUGAUACAUUUCUUAAUAUCGCAAAUAAUUAAUGAAAAUCACAAUAAAAGCAAGCAAGAAUUUCUGAAUUGACAGUAGUUAAAUUAGUUGAUUUAUAACACUUACAUGUAUAUAACUCUUGUACCUUUGAUAAUUUUAUUAUUUGUGAAUGAUUUUGUUUUGAUUAAAUAUAUUAAGGAAUAAUAUAUAAUAUGAUAUAGUAACAAGUAUCAUAGUCUGUAAAUUCAAAAAUUAAUGUAUGUGUAAUUUCAUAAUUUUUUUUCUUUUAAUUAUAAUAAUAAUUAACGAAAAUAAUCCUUUCACAUACAUUUUCCACUUAACAGUUAGUCAAUAUUAGUACAAAUAACUCUGUAGUGUACUGUAAAUUUAGAAAUUAUGGAGUGCAUUUAUUAUUGAGAAUCACUGAUUAUUGUGAGGUCUAAUAAAUGUGAUUGCAAAAAUUUUGUGAAAUAAAAUCACUACUGAAAUUAUGAAUGCAAGUUUUUAUCAUUGCCAACCUGAUAUUGUAGCAUUUUUCGCAACAAUUUCUGACUUUACACUAUCUGAAUGGAGAUUUCAAAGCAAGAAUGUGCUAUAAUAUAAUCUUUGUGAUAUUUUUGUAAAGUAAAUGAUAAGAAAACUUGUUCAUUGAAAUUGCUAGUUGUUAAUGUUUGCUUGUAACAAUUUUGCUUUAAUCUAGUUAUUUUUUUUUUUACAUAAUGUUGAAAUAUAUUGAAUAAAACAUUCCUUCUUUAA